CUGUAGCGCUUGCUGUCACUUCUGUUUCAUCUGCUUUGUACAUUGUUUUCCAGCGUUGACCACAGGACAAGUUAUUUUAUUUGUUGCAAAUUCUUCUGACAAGGAAUGACCUCUACUUCAAACAAAACACUUUAUUCACACGACAACAAGCUAGAAGGAGAAUAAAAUGGGGCACAUGCUAUCAAAAAAGUUCCUCAAGACUCAGCAGGUGGUUCUAAUGGGCCUGGAUUCAGCUGGGAAAUCCACAUUACUCUACAGGAUCCAGCGAGGGGUCGUCAUGCAAACCUCACCCACCGUAGGCUUCAAUGUGUUGACCUUGGAACUGGACAAGAAGACGGUGUUUACCGUCUGGGACAUAGGUGGGCAGGGGAGCAUGAGAGCCUACUGGAAGUAUUACUUGGAGAACUGCGAGGCUCUGGUGUUUGUGGUGGACGCUAGUGACCGUGCUAGAAUGGAAGAGGCCAAGACAGCUCUGAAGAAAGUCCUGUCUGACCACAACAUGACAGACAUUCCUUUGAUGGUCCUGGCCAACAAAUCAGACCUGCCAGACGCAAUGACAGUCAGCGAGGUGUCCAAGCAGCUGGAUAUGGAUAGCUACAAGAACGGGGUUUGGGAGAUCCAAGCAUGCAGUGCUUUGAAAGGACUAGGACUCCAGCAGGCUUUUCAGUCUGUGGCCAAACUGAUUCAGAACAACUGAGAGUGACAAGGUUGAAAACUAGAGAGGGAUAGUUUGGUACUGAAGCAUUAAUACUUAAGUAUCAAUAUUUUAUUAAUGUUAUAUUACAGUACUUAAUCUCUUUAAUCAUUGGCUAAUUAUUUAGGAAUUAAUCAAAGGACAUAGUGUUCAGCAACUACUAUGAAUUAUUCAAUCACUUCUGUGCAACUAAUGUAUGUAUUAAGGAGCAGAAGUUUAGGCUCAUAUAUGAAGAGUUCAGAGUAUCAGUCUUGUUAAUGGCUUUGGGAUACAAGAAUUUGUGUUAAUCACAUUAUUAAUUAUCAACCUAUUCUUUCUUCAAAACCAUGCUGAAAUGGAUUUAAAUAUAUAGGCAAGACAGUGGUUGGACACCCAAGAACCUUUUUACUUUAUAUUUAAUUAUUUCAAGCUAAUGACAAUGAAAAAUCAUUGAAAUGGGGUAUAAAUAUAGAAGCAGAGACAGAAGACUGGAUGAGAGCUAAACCACACCUUAUUGUUUUGUAUGUAAACUGACAAAAACAGGGAAAUGUAGAGGAAAAACAUGCAAUCAUCUUCAAAGACACCUUUUAAACUGACUGACCGCAGUGUAUUGAGAUGAAGCACCAAAAAGAUACGUUUUAUGAGGGUAAGAUUUAUUUAAUUAAGCCACAACUGAAAUUUACUUUGCAAAUACUGCUCUGAACAGCCAAGAACUUCAUGGCUUGACUAUGCUGACUGACUACCCGAGUGAACUGUCUUAUUACCGGAUAAUACCAUUAUGCAAACUAAAUGUAUUAAUAAUGAAAAGUGAGAUUAUAAAAUUGUAUGACUAAGUUUCGCUUUAUUGUAUUAAUACCUUUUGUGUGGAGGGAGUGCCGCAGACACAUUUGACCUAGUGGGUGUGUCUCAGAUGCCACCUUCAUUGCUGAUUAAUACUUUUGAUUCAAUAUAGAAAUGAACAGCAAGUACGAAAUAAACAGAAAUGAGCAGUAAA